AUUUAAUAAAAAAACGAAAAAAAAAAUUUGCAGAAACCAGAAGAAAAAAAUCGAGCAAUGGUUCUACUUGAUUGAUCCUUCGGCCGGAGAGGUCACCAGUUCUCGGGCUUGUAAGCGUAGGUCUUUUGUUCUUAAAUCUGAUCUGGGUAUUUGCGUUUUGGCUUCAUCAACUGAACAUGCUUCUUGUGUCGCCUGCUUGUAGAGGUGUAUGGCCUCUGACCGUAGAUUCCAAGACACUUACUUUGUCUGCUCGAGGCUCCUAUACACUAUGGUUUGAGUUACCUCGGGGGAUUCCGAAAAAGGGUUGUCCGUUGAGAUUUAGAACUUGCUUGUGUUACAACCAGAUGCCUCAAAAGACUGCAACUUCCAGGAAAAAAUAUACUAAUACACAAAAUGUGGAUCUUCCCCCUAUUCUACCAAAGAGAAAGAAGAAACCUUACCCUAUUCCGUUCAAGAAAAUUCAGGAAGAAGCUAGAAAGGACAAGAAACUCGCGCAGAUGGGCGUCGAAAAGCAACUUGACCCACCGAAAAAUGGUUUGCUAGUGCCUGAUCUUGUUCCUGUGGCUCAUGAAGUGCUAGAUAACUGGAAGUUUCUGAUCAAAGGUUUAACACAGCUUCUGCAUGUAGUUCCUGUGUAUGCCUGCAGUGAAUGUGCAGCAGUUCAUGUGGCCGAUGCUGGUCACAAAAUUCAGGAUUGCGAGGGUCCAACAAAUUCACGGCAAGGUGGUUUUCAUUCAUGGGUGAAGGGUACCGUUAGUGACAUUCUCGUUCCCGUCGAGUCUUACCACAUGUAUGAUCCUUUCGGGCGGCGGAUAAAGCACGAGACCCGGUUUGACUAUGACAGGAUUCCGGCUGUCGUGGAGCUAUGCAUCCAAGCCGGGGUGGAGAUACCAGAAUACCCUUCACGCAGGAGGACACAACCGAUUCGGAUGAUCGGUAAGAAAGUAUUGGAUAGAGGCGGAUUUGUGAGAGAGCCUAGACCUUGGCGUUCAACCGACCUAUCCUCAUCUGCACUUGCCGACCUUGACACACUCGGUGCUUGUAAAAGAUACCCUCCUGCCCGGCCGGAAGAUGCACCACAGAUAGCAAAGGUAACGAUGGAUGCAUACGAGAAGGUGAGACGGGGAGUGACCAAGCUGAUGAGGAAAUACACGGUGAAAGCUUGCGGGUACUGUUCCGAGGUCCAUGUGGGGCCAUGGGGGCAUAGUGUGAAGCUUUGCGGAGAGUUCAAGCACCAGUGGAGGGACGGGAAACACGGGUGGCAGGACGCGACCGUGGACGAGAUCUUUCCCCCAAACUACGUAUGGCAUGUGAGGGAUCUCAAGGCAAGCCCUAUCACUAGCUCUCUCAAGAGAUUUUACGGUAAGGCUCCCGCCAUUGUCGAGAUUUGUAUGCACGGCGGAGCUAGGGUCCCUCAAAGGUAUAAACCGAUGAUGAGGCUUGAUAUUAUCGUCCCCGACUCACAAGAAGCCGACUUGGUUGCUUAGCCUCCUUUGAUCUGCCAAAAUACACGUUUUCGCCUCAUUGUAUGUUCAUAAUAAGAUGCAACAUUCGUACAGGAAAGCGAAGAUUAAGGUUGUGUUUUAUGACAGAAUGAGUGAACUCUGUUACUGUUUGUGAUCUCGUUGUAUUAAAAUUUUGUCUGCUUA